GAGGGCAUCCGAAGAGGGCGGAUUGUACUAGGGCGCCGAGGGUACGGGAGGACUACCAUGUAUUAUGUGAUCGCGGCCAUGAAAGCUCAAAUUGAAAUAAUACCGUGCAAAAUCUGCGGAGACAAAUCUUCAGGAAUACAUUAUGGGGUCAUCACCUGUGAAGGCUGUAAGGGUUUCUUCCGACGGAGCCAGCAAAGCAAUGCUACAUACUCAUGCCCACGACAGAAGAACUGUUUGAUUGACAGAACGAGCAGGAACCGAUGUCAGCACUGCAGACUACAGAAAUGCCUCUCUGUAGGAAUGUCACGGGAUGCUGUAAAGUUUGGUCGGAUGUCAAAAAAGCAGCGGGACAGUCUAUAUGCGGAGGUGCAAAAACAUCGCAUGCAGCAGCAACGAGACCACCAGCAGCAACCAGGAGAAGCUGAACCACUGACACCUGUGGGAUAUGGCCUGACCCCAAAUGGUCUUACUGAGCUGCGGGAUGAUUUGGGGACUUACAUGGAAGGGCACUCACCAGAGGAAGGAAAAUCUGAGUCAGCAGUCAGCAGCUUCUACUUGGACAUUCAACCAUCUCCAGACCAGUCUGGAUUAGAUGUUAAUGGCAUCAAACCAGAGCCUCUGUGUGAUUACACGCCUGCAUCAUCCUUCUUCCCAUAUUGUUCCUUCACCAACGGAGAGACUUCCCCAACCGUUUCUAUGGCAGAACUUGAACAUCUUGCACAAAACAUCUCCAAGUCCCACAUGGAGACCUGCCAGUAUUUGCGCGAGGAGCUCCAGCAGAUUACGUGGCAGACCUUCCUCCAGGAAGAGAUUGAGAGUUACCAGAGCAAGCAGAGGGAGGUAAUGUGGCAGCUCUGCGCUGUGAAGGUAACAGAGGCCAUUCAGUAUGUGGUGGAAUUUGCAAAACGGAUAGAUGGAUUUAUGGAGCUCUGUCAGAAUGACCAGAUAGUAUUGCUGAAAGCAGGAUCUUUAGAAGUUGUGUUUAUAAGAAUGUGUCGUGCCUUUGAUCCUCAGAAUAACACAGUCUAUUUUGAUGGUAAAUACGCUGGCAUAGAAGUCUUCAAAGCCCUAGGGUGUGAAGACCUCAUCAGCUUUGUGUUUGAAUUUGGGAAAAGUUUGUGUUCUCUACACCUAACCGAGGAUGAGAUCGCUCUUUUCUCUGCCUUUGUGCUUGUGUCAGGAGAUCGGUCGUGGCUUCAGGAAAAACUGAAGAUUGAAAAGCUCCAGCAAAAGAUUCAGCUGACACUUCAGCAUGUUCUACAAAAGAACCAUCGUGAGGAUGGGAUUUUAACAAAGUUAAUAUGCAAAGUAUCCACUCUCCGUGCAUUGUGUGGACGUCAUGCAGAGAAACUCAUGGCUUUUAAAGCAAUAUACCCAGACAUCGUCAGGCAUCACUUUCCACCCCUCUACAAGGAACUUUUUACCUCUGAAUAUGAGCCAGCCAUGCAACUGGAAGGAUAAGGGAACCGUUCUCUUCACAUCUGGAAACGUCAACUGCUUUAGAGUAUUCACAAUAUGUGGCAUAUAUAGAUGCACGUGUAUGUGUGUACACCGAGGGGAGGAACAAAGACACUUUAUCCUAACCUGGGUGCAGGAGAAGAGGAUGAGGGUAACACAAACAGACUUUUGUCCUUGUCCUCUCAGCCCCAGGCUUACUGUUUACAAGAGGUUAAGUUGAAAGAUAAAGGACCAACUGCAGGGCAGGCUGGUAUGGUAGCGCCCCACCUGCAUUUUUAACCAGGAGACUCCGUAGGUCUCUAGCAAUACAAGCAAAAUAUUAUUUAUAUAUAAAUAUAUGUAUUACAGGGUAAAUGGGCAUGAUCAAUUAUGUGGCUAAAAAGAUAUUGUUUAAAGUGUAGGACCGGAUAUAGUUUUUUUCCGGUUAUAUUCAAUAAGGCACUUUUUUUUGUUCUGUUUUGCACCUUUUUUUUGUUAUUUCCUACUGCUCUUUGUUUAGUGAAAUGUGUUUUUGUGGGGGGAGCUUUUUUUACUUUGUUUAUUUGUGUGCACAUUGGAAAUAUGCUAUUAAGCUAAAAAGCAAUAGAUUUUUUGAGCGGAUGUUAGAGCAGAUACUGCUUUUUUAUGUGCGGGUUAUGCAGUAACUACAGCUGGUCCUGUUAAACUGGUUAUUGACCUCUUCAUUGAAGGGGUAAAAUAACAUUUUUGAUGCAUUUUGAACCACAUCACCACAAGACAACAUAUCAACUACUAAGCUGUGUUCAGUAAAAUGUCUGUGUUGUUGUUCACCUGUUAUUGGAACAACCAUCAAGUCCAUGUCACCAUAUUCACCAACAUUCCACCCUAUUCUGUUGCACUUCUACACCUUACAGUAAAACACUUGUGAUGUAGUCUGUAGUGCAGUAUAGGAAGAGAACUGUACAUUGGGGUCUGCACAUUUUCAUUCAUCUUGAAUCAGUCAGAGACAUUUGUGUUUUCCUCAACUUGCCCAGGUCCUUAUGUCCUACAGUGAUGUCCUUCUGUCUGUUGCACGUGCUCCUAUUGCUGCUAGAGGUUGUAUUCUGUUUGUUCCACUCUGCUUUUAAUUGUGAAAAAGAGAGCAUUGUUGCAGAUAGGGAUAUACCUAUAAACUCUGCUACUGAUCCAUUUGAUAUAAAUUUCUUAAAUACCCAAGUUAAAGGGACAUUAAAAUAUUUUUUAUUUAUACAUCAGAAAUAACUGACUGUCAUUUUCUAUAUAUAAAAAAAUAUGCAUUAGUUUUGCACACAUGGGGUUGACCCCUUGAAAGCUUUUUGCUGUAGCCAACUAGGGACAAAUAUAAACAAGCUCCUGCACAUAUUAUAACCAAUAAUGUGAGGGUUCUGCAUUUCCUCCUCUGUGGAGGGGUUGUAAGUGGAAAAACAACAAUUUGUAGAGUUAUAUUACAGUAAAAGAAGGCAAAAUAAAUGUUUAAAGUGCAUUGCAAAUUUUAAGUUUGAGUCCAACGUUUCUUUACCCAUAUUUAUAUAUUUUUUUAUGUGCAACAUAUUCUUUCCCUCACCCCCUAAAUACAGUAUUACAAUGAGCAUGGGGCUUUCAGUUCAUGGUAUGAAGCCUUUGAGUUGCUCUGAUGUAUUAGCAUUAAAAUAUAUGUUAAAGGGAGUGUAAACUCUUUGAUAUUGUUAUAUAAACGGCUUAAUUGUACAUAGUAAAACAACUUUUCAAUAUUAUUUCAUUAUUUAUUUUGCCUCCUUUUCCUAUCAUUUAAGUCUAAAAACUGAGCACAACAGGUGUCACACUCCUUCCUAAAUAUAUUUCCCUGUUUUGCUGUUUGUUAUAUUAUCUUUUUUAUGCUAAAGCCAAACAGUAAAGAUUUUUGUUAACACAAUGACAGGGGGCAACCGGUGUCUUCUCCAGACUUAAGACCAAACUGGCACCUCCAAAUAAGGAAAGGGAUCAGUGGAGAUUGACCAUUGAAUAACAAUUGCAGCAAACAAGGUGUCAGUUUUAGUCAAAAUGUAAUUAGGUGUGUACUAUCUUUUAACAGGGCAUAUAAAUGUAUUUUUUAAAUUGUAAUUACAAAGAGGCCCAUUUAUCAAGUUCUGAAUGACCGCUGCUCCAUAACCCUGUCCGCCUACUCUGAACAGGCGAUCGCCACAAUUCAACCCGAUCAAGUACGGUGGGGUUGAUUGACACCCCCCUGCUGGUAGCCGAUUGGCCGCGAAUCUGCAGGGGGCGGCGUUGCACCAGCAGCUCACAAGAGCUGCUGGUGCAAUGCUGAAUACGGAGAGUGGAUUGCUCUCCGCAUUCAGCGAAGUCUGUCGGAUCAAGUCCAACAGACCUUUAAUAAAUAGGCGUCAAGGUGUGUACUGUCCCUUUAACUGGACAUUCCAAUGUAUUUAAGACAGAGACCCUAGUACAAAUAACAAACAUCUGAUACGUUACACAUGGGUACAAAGAACAGUUCUCAGAAUCUAACGCCCUCCUCAGUUUAUACCUUCUUCCUCUAAUUAUCAUUUUGGUCCUUUAUCUCCUUUCAUUCUACCACUUUCUGUCACUCCCAUAACCUCACACAAGUGUACAUUAUCUGUAAUCUCAUGUUUUUGUAUUAUUCUGUGGUUAUAAAACUUUGUUUAAUCUGUGUAACACAGUCACAUUUCCAGGACACAGACUCUAGUAGCUUGUGAGUGAUUUGUCAAGGCACCAGCUGAUAACUGUCUCCAGUGUGUGUGUGUCCUUGUGUGGCUGCUUAGAGCUGCACUAACUUAAAGUGGGUAGGGGAAAAAAUACAAUAUUUAAUAUAAAGCCUGGACCACUUUAGAAAUCUAAAAAAAAAUGAAAGUCUAUUUUUUUAACCCUUGUAUAAAAUAUUUAAUGGCACUUGAAAUAUUCCUGCAAUAAAAAUGUGAUUUGUGUAGCGGGCAUAACAUAAAAAAAAGAAAAACAAACAAAAAACAGAUUUUUGUAAUGUGAAAAAAAUACAAGCUGAAUGAUUAUUGUAAAUUUUUCUAAGGAAAAUGUGAUUCAAAGGAAAACUUUGUAUUUUGCUGAAAUUUGUCUCUGGUAAAACAGAAAAAAACUUUUAAGUAUUUAAUUGUCCUAAAUGUGCCAUAGCAGAAAUGUCAUUUGAGUUGUUUCAAGCGUUUUUAUAACAGCAUUUUCUUAACGGGGACGUUGGAAUAAACAUGCAGCAAUAUAUAGUGGUAAUGAGUAUGUCCAUACAUGUAGGGAAAGGAGUUGUGACCUAUGAUAACAUUGUACAAUGAUUAAAGCAAUAAUAAUACAGCUUUCAUUCACUUGCAUUGUUUUUCAGUACUUUAUCUUAAAAUUCUUCACAAUGGCUCUAAUUUUCAGUGUGAUUUCUGAAGUAAUUUGACUGAGUGAAGGGAGCAGUGCUUCUAAUAUUAGGAAGCUCAUGUCAUCCACAUAGACAGAUUUAGCAGAUUAAUGUGUUGGAAUAGUUUUUCCUAACUUUACCUAUAGAGGUGACAUGAACACCCCAUUAUAUUAAGCAUUCUGUUUUCCAAAACUCGUCAAGGAGCUGUUAAAGUCUCACAGGAAAUGUUAUGGAGCAAGAAUUUUUAUAGAAACAUGCCAAAAGAAUGAAAGCUUCAGUAUGUUUAUAAUAUUUUUUUAACACAGUCUUGCAACUUAAAUCCCUAAAAGGUGGUAUUUAAAUCUAGUGUUUCUCUUUUUGUAACUUAGAUGUUUUCUGUGCUGACUAAUGUUGCUUGUGGAGGUGCGUCCUUGCCCUGCAAUACAGAUCUGGGAGUUGUCCUUGUUAUGAGUCAGGAUGCACGUAGAUUUUCCUACUAGAUUCAAUAUAAAUGUAAAACUGAAUUCACUUUGUUACUUAUUUUUAACAUAUAUAAUUGCUGCUCUUUUUAUAUGGAACAGAAACAGAUUGCAUUCCAUAUCCCUUUAAUAUAUAUAUUGUUUGGUGCUAAUAAAUGUAAUAACGCUUCAUUCCAGCACAUCAGUUUAAUGUAAAUUGGCAUUAUGUCUUGACAGUUAACAUACAUAUACAAAUAGUAACAACUCUCAAAAGAUCUUGUAUUAAGGUAAACCAAAGUUAUAAAGAAUCCAGGAGGAUGUCCCUCUAUAGACAUCUAAGUCAAGGAACACUUUUUAAGGCACCACUAAUGUCAUUAUUUUCUGGAGCGAGUUCUUUCUACUUUUCUUUUUGUUCCAUUGGAACAUCUCCUUUUAAAAGCCCCAAGUAAAAUAAAUAGUUUUGCUGUGUUUAAAGAGACAGGAAACCCAUUUUCUUUUUCUUUUGUGAUUCAGAGCAUACGAUUUACUUCUAUAAUCAAGUUUGCUUCUCUCUCAUGAUAGGCAGCUUGCACACGUCUGGCAGGAAAUAGUGCUACAAUCUAGUGCUCUUGCAAAACCGCUGAAAUGUAGUGCUGCAGACACGUGCACACACCCGAGCUUAGUUUCCUGCAUUUUAACAAAGGAUAUAAAGAGAAUAAAGAAAAUUUGAUAAUAGAAGCAAAAUGGAAAGUUGUUUAAAAUGAAAGGCUCUAUCUGAAUCAUGAAGGAAACGUUUUGGGUUUCGUGUCCCUUUAGUUUUAAAGGUUAUACUCACCAUCACUGUAGGCUGCUGCAUGUUCAUUUUAAACUCUAUGGUAAUUUACAUUUGCUGUAUUUGCUUUAAUCCAUUCCAGAAAGAUUUCUGUAAUUGUUUAUUAAUUCUCAUUUUAUUUGCACUUUUUACCCCAACCCUUCUAACGUGCAAUAUGUAUAUAGUAAAGUGAAAUAUAUAGUAAUAUAGCUUACUCCCUCAGGGAUAUAUACAUCCAUCUCGUACACCUCUUUUACAUGUGAAAAGGGGCAGCCUGAUAACCUUGCUUAACAAAUCUUUUAUUUGAUUUAAGGAGGGAGUGUACAAAUAGUGUUCAACAGCUUCGCUCUUACCACUUUUUUCACUAGUCUUGUGACAGCACAAUAGAACUCAGUGCUCUGGAAUUUGCCAAUUGACUUAAGCAAUUUGUUGUGUCUGACAAAGAAUAUUAAUUUGCAUUUCUAAUUAUAAAUCCUCUCCCUUAACUAUAAACAAUUGGUUUGCAAGGUAUUGAUUAUUUAAAAUAAAGUAUUACUGAUUUACAGUGUUUCAGAUUAUAAAUCUAUGCUUUAUAGACACGUGGCUGCCUCUUUUUCAGGUACGGUACCUUUAACCUCUUGGUGAUGGAGGAGGCUUCGGGCCUGCUGUGCAGGCUUUAGAUGAUGUUUUUAAUCUCUAUAAUCCACAUAAUAUUGUUAUAUCUGAGGCAAUCUGGACUAAUAACAAGCAUUAAACCAAUCCAUCAUUGGCUAUGUGAUCUAUUGAAAAUAUAACUAUGUACGCAAUCCUUAUAAAGAACAACCAUCAUUGCCACGAGACAAUAAAUAUAGGUUUAAUUUAUAUGUAAGUCUAAAUUCACAGUCAUUUAUUUAAGUCUAAAUCCACUAUCUAUGGAAAAUGACAUUGAGACUGAAGCACAAUACUUGGUGUGGUUUGAUUAUCGUCAACUUAGCACUGUUUAUCUCAGGCAUCAAAUUUAAGUUUCUCACCUCUAUGCAGUACAGAUAAAAGCUCUUCAAACUGACUGUAUUUAAUAGUUACAAAAAUAACUUUAAUAUUAUUUUACCCAUUACAUGUAAGCCCCCUAUAUCUGCAGAAGAGCGAUUGUUCAUGUACAUGCCUAUUUUACACUCAUUCAUUUGGGAAGCCUCCUCUUGUACCAACAGAUUACAAGAAUAUGUAGUAAAUCAAAUAGUGUUAUAGGGACAGAUCUUCUAUGGUUUAAAUACAUAAAUGUGUGUAAGAUGUACAGUACCCAACCAACAAGGUCACUGAAACAUAUUGACAAACUUCAGUGUUAGAUGUUUACCUAAUUUCGUUAUGUUGUUCAAUGUUUUAUUUCUUCUCUGUACCUGUUCAUUUUCCGCUGGCACCGAACACUUUUUUAUAUCUAAACAAUAAUAAAAUUGUGAGGAAGGUUAUUUAGCCAUAAGUAAUUGAAUGUUUAAGCAAUAAAUUUACACUGACUUUAACUUUUGAGAAUACAUCUGCAUGCUCAUGUUGGUUUGCUGUUUUAUUUUAGUUCAGAGGUUAGCAUUAAUCAAUUUAUUUCUAAUUGUAUUUAUGGCAAAUUGUAGAUUUUAAAAGCAACAAAUGAUAGGUUUUCAUAAAACUGUUAUAAACUGGGCCCAACUGUGUGCUAGGUAAUGACUGAUUCUUUGGUUUAUGUGUCAAAGGAUCAACUUUGCUGGGGCACAACAUGACCCGAUAACAACCCAGCAGAGAAAUGUUUAAUGUGUUAAAACAGGGGCACACAAAUUCAGUCCUCAAUGGCCAGUAAUGAGACAGGUUUACAAGUAAUCCCUGCUUCAGUACAGAUGGCUUAUAAAGGUUCACAGUUAUUAAUACUAGGCCCUACAGAUGGAAGAUGUGAAUGAGGUAGUCCGGUGUACUGUGCAAAUGGCCUGUGUGCAGUGACCUAUUUAGUUUUAGGGAAUGUAAAGGCCAUCGAUCAGUUAUUGUUGUUGUUUUUAGCUUUAUUUGUAAUGUGGCAAAAGACUGUGCACCUCUGUGCGAGGGAUGCAGUAAAUAAAGACAUGACAGGGAUUUUUGUGACUGCUGCUGUACAUUACAAUACAGCCUCACUUACUGGAAUAGUUGCUCAGACACAGAAUUGCUAAUGGGCCACCUGGCUCCAUAAAACUAUAAAGUUUGUAGAAUGACAAUGAUAAGGCAGUCAACUAACAACACAUUGCCUUCUCUCUAAAUUCUUUAGUUACUAAUUUAUCUGUAAUUGAUAGCGCUGCAGAAAAUACAAUUUAGUGCUACACCAUAUUUAUGAAACGUUUGCCAUGUGUCAGUCCCCCAGGAAUAGUAACAGUGUGAGGGGGUGAGCUGUAUAGCAUUACCUGGUAGCCACAGUUUAUUUAUUCUAAAUCACCAAGCCACCUGCCCGUUCUGCACUCAAGCAGAGAUGACUUUAAAACUGGCCUGUUAUGACCUUGUAGAAGUGAUAUUUGGUGCCUCUGUCCUAAAAAUUCAGAUCAUGAAGCAGCAAAGUAAUUCAACUACAAAACUCUCAUUUAUAAACCUUGUCCCUAUGUCAUUCAUAUGUCUUCUCCACCAUUUUCUAUAGAUUUUGCCUGCCGUGAUAAUAUUUUCCAGAAUAUCAGUGUUAACCUUGUUCAUUUUGAAAACAUUGAGUUGCACAAUCACUCCACUGUAAAGCAAAGUGUUACUACUUACUCUUUCUCUAUCAGUUUAGCCUACCCUCUGGUAGUGAAAUGGUAAUAACGCUAUGCUGUUCAAAGCAAUUCAAAUAUAUUAUCUGAACCAGGCUUGGCUGAGCCUGGACCUCUGUGUUUUCUUGUGCGGUGCUAGCUUACAGUAUAUAUUUUGUGAUCAAAAAUAACAGCCCAACUUUCUGGGAUUGUUGACUUUUGGUUUGGCUAAAAACAAAAAAAUAUAUAUAUAUAUAUAAUUCUGCACCUGGCUAGAAGAUAUCUGUAUCAGACACUGAUGCCAGGGAUUUUCCUUUCAAUACAAUCAACAUGUAAAUUAUUCUGCAAUAAAUCUAAUCAGGAUCUAAACUUUAA